UUCUCUAAUUCAACUUCAACUCAUUUUCUUUCCAAAUUUUUUUUUGUGAUUCGUCUCGGUGUGCAAAAUAUGGAGAAUCAACAGCAACCACCUCAAAACACUCCUUUGUGUCGUGGCAAUUGUGGAUUCUAUGGGUCUUCGGCAACAGAGGAUUUGUGUUCAAAGUGCUUCAAAGACAUGAUCCAAAGGAAACAGGAGACCGGAACGACGACUACAACAAGUAAUAAUAGUGCUAAUAAUUCUGCUCAGCGGCUUGCUUCUUCUGUCUCAGGUAAUAAUAUGGGCGCUUCUGACGCUUCUACUUCAAUCCCUGAAGAAUCAGAAAGUGGAGCAGCUGAUGCGUCGACUGAUAAGGUUGAGGCUGAAUACAAUGAUGACAGUUGUACUGGGACUAAAGAUGAUGCCAAACACACUGACGAGUCUGGUAAGAGACCUGUGGAUCUGGAGACCGCUUCACAAGCUACAUUGACAUCUGACGAAACUCCCGAUAAUCCUAGCCAACAAAAGAAGACUAAAAAUAGAUGCCAAGUCUGUAGUAAACGGGUUGGACUCACAGGAUUCGACUGCCGAUGCGGUGGAUUGUUCUGUGCUACUCAUCGCUAUGACAACGCUCACUCGUGUACGUACGACUAUAAAACUGUCGGCAGGGAGCAGUUGCGUAAAAGCAACCCACAGGUAGUGUCCGAAAAGAUUCAACCAAUCUGAAAUGGCUGUAUCUUUGUGCUUUUGGAUUCUCUCGGUUUCUUGGCUUAAAAAAGACUUGUGUGAAUAAUAUCUCUCUCUGUUUUGGAUAUAUAAGGCUUGUUGGCAACAAAUCACACCAAUCAUUUUUUAUAUAAAUAUACAACCACAAAAAUAUAUCCUUGAAGAAUUGUAAAAGAGCUAAAAGUACUUGGUUUUUUUUAAUUUUUAA